CACGUGGACAAUAGAUUGGUUUCGUGAAGGUAACUCUUGGCAUCCGAAACAAAGGGUUUAACAAGAAAAGAACCAACCAAAAGCCAUGCACUUGCCAUCCAACGUGCUUCAAAGUAACUCAAAACCGAAUUGGCACAUUGGAUGCGGAAAGUGCUUGAAGCGAUUGGGUGUCCAAGUAACUUCACCAUUUUUUGUUAAUAAACCUUAUUCUCGUCCACUGUUUUCUCUGAAUUUCUGUCGAAAACAAAGGCCACAAAGCACUCUGCCCUUCAAUUGUUUCCCAUAAUCUCAUGUGCUAAGAUCAUUGGUCUCUUCCUUUCCUGUGUGCUGAGACUCAUCCUGGGUUUCCUGACAAGUGGACAAUUAGGCGUACACUAAUUGGCUGUGGGACAGUAAGGUUGACCAUUUACUUCCUCUGACUCCUCCACCUGUCUUUUCUCCACGUAUAAAUUCAGUACCAACUAUGUAUCGUCGCAUGAUUAAAGCCUUACCGGUCUUUCACAACAAUCAGUAUAACAAGAUCAUCAGACAAGCUACCAGCAGUUGUGAGUUCUCUCCCCGCAAAACUCAAACUCCUGUUCCAGAGCCCACCAUGUCCAGUUCUGCGGGCCUUAUCAUUCCCUGCAAAGGUACUUCUAUUCUACCACAACAAAGCGCAGAGCUUUCUGCGCUCCCGGUGGGCUUUUCCCACUUUCCCAGUUGGCCGGCCGGUGCUCGGCCCUUUGCUUUAACAAGGGUUUUUUUCUUUUGGUGUUUGCCUGAUUGCAGCUGCAGUUGCAUGGGAAGCAGGGAAACCGCUAGUGAUGGAGCAGGUGGAAGUGGCUCCACCACAGGCAUUGGAAGUGAGAAUCCAGAUUAAGUACACCUCCCUCUGCCACACUGAUCUCUAUUUCUGGGAAGCCAAGGUCAGUCACUCUAAACUUAACUACCACCAUGAUUUUUCUGCAGGGAAAAGUACAUAUAGUUGGUCCCUUGACUCCCUUCUAAGAGUUUUUACUGCAGAUUUUUCUCAAGCAUAUCUGGUCCCUUCUAGUUAGCUUUCAAACUUAAGUUGCCAACAUCAUGUGGCUUCAAUAGAGCAGGAACAUGUGAACCUGCCGCCAUACUUGUCUGCUUUAUUGGCUUAGCGUCUUCUGCUUCUUUGAAAUCACUUUCCAAGCUCGAUUCUUGAUUAUGUACAUCCAUGUCCUACAGACACAACAGGUGUGUGAAUGUGGCAUGCUCAGGAUCGUCUUGUAUGGAACAGAACUGUGACACUUUUGGUGGUCCAAAAUGAAAACGUCAAAUCCAUCAUAGCCCUCAGAGUUGGCACUUCAGAUAAAAAAAAAAGCUCCCAAUUUUUAACUCACUACAUGAACCUGUUUCUCAUCUGCUGUUUCAGGGCCAAACUCCACUCUUUCCACGCAUAUUUGGCCAUGAAGCUUCUGGAAUUGUCGAGAGCGUUGGAGAAGGGGUUAAUGAUUUCCAGGUCGGAGACCAUGUUCUUCCGGUAUUCACAGGAGAAUGUGGACAGUGCAGGCACUGCAAGUCCGAGGAAAGCAACAUGUGCGACCUGCUGAGGAUAAACACCGACAGAGGUUUCAUGCUCAACGACGGAAAAUCCCGUUUUUCAAUCGACGGGCAGCCAAUACAUCACUUCCUCGGCACCUCUACCUUCAGUGAGUACACGGUUGUGCAUUCAGGUAGUCUGGCAAAGAUCAAUCCACUUGCACCACUGGACAAAGUGUGCGUUCUCAGUUGUGGCAUCUCAACAGGACUGGGUUCCACGUUGAAUGUGGCGAAACCAAAACAGGGUUCAACAGUAGCCAUCUUUGGUCUGGGAGCUGUUGGCCUAGCGGUAAGUUUCAACAAACAGUAACUGUGUCCUGCUGAGUAACAUCGAAGAAGAUACUGCAGAUGGUGAGGAAUGUUACCUUGACAUGUUGGCUAACUGUAUUAAUUUAGGCUGCUGAGGGCGCAAGAAUUGCUGGAGCAUCCAGGAUCAUUGGCAUCGAUUUGAAUCCAAAGAGGUUUGAGGAAGGUAAGAGUUGCUUGUCUGCUUGUCAUUACAGAAUCACGCCUCUUAAGUAAAGAGCACUGACCAGCUCACCUUCUUCCAUUCCACCUGGACUUUUCAGCAAAAAAGUUUGGAGUUACAGAGUUUGUGAACCCGAAGGACCAGGACAGACCAAUUCAAGAGGUCGGCAUUUCCUUGCUGAUUCUGCACGAAAAUUGAACUUCUUAUGAAAUAUUACCACCCAUUUCCAGGUAAUUGCAGAGAUGACCGAUGGCGGCGUUGACAGGAGCAUAGAAUGCACCGGCAACAUCAAUGCAAUGAUUUCAGCUUUUGAAUGUGUUCAUGAUGGAUGGGGAGUGGCAGUCCUUGUAGGAGUCCCUAACAAGGAGGCAGUGUUUAUGACUAAACCCAUCAACUUGCUUAGCGAGAGAACGUUGAAAGGCUCUUUCUUCGGGAACUAUAAACCAAGAACCGACCUUCCAUCUGUCGUUGAAAUGUAUAUGAACAAGAAGCUGGAUGUCGACAAGUUCAUAACUCAUCGAGUGCCUUUCUCAGAAAUCAACAAGGCCUUUGACUUGAUGCUGAAGGGGGAGGGCCUGCGAUGUGUUAUUGAUAUGGAGAAGUAAUAUAUAAGAAAAGUAAUGGAAAGAACAUCCUACUCGGUUAUGUGAUCAGCUUUAUGCAAUUUGUUCGUCAUGUAUGUCCUCAAUCUGACAAUGAAGGUGUGAGCAAACAAAUACAAGGAAAUAAAUAGAAGCCCAUUUCGAAGCAAUGGGGAGUGUAUUUUCAAGAGUGGCAUUGACCCAAAAUCUGUAGAAGCGCUUGUAUUAGUAAUAUAAAGAUGUAAGGAACAGCAAAUCUAUGAUACACCUGAUCUAAUACCAAGAAGGAGCCUUUCAGAUAUUUGAGCUUCUAGGGUGAUCAUGAACCUCCAGUUGAAGAUAUGAGGCCAGCUUUUUCGGCGUGUACUUCGUCUUCCACCAGGCAAUUUCUCCUUCUCCUCCUAUGACACCAAUAUAUGAGAAGGAGAAACAUUCCUUCAUUGCUGCUGCUAAGCCUGUGCCAGGACUAUUUCUUGUACUUCUCCAUUAUUCUUCGAGCUUCCUUUAAAGCUUCCUCCUCUGAUGAAAAAGUCGGAGCGUCCGAGACUCUGCCUCCUUUGGGACCUUGAUCUUUGUUCAAGGCAAUGAACAGGAAAUAUACCAGCCCCAUCGUAGCCAGGGCAAAGAACGCUGUAGACAAGAAUGAUUUCAGCAGAAUGAAAGAAACAGUGAGCAGAGCAACGGUCACUGAAACUCUGGCAAUGGGCCUUGGAAUGGAGACCUGUGAGGAAAGUCUAGCUCCAUUAGAAAGAGUGAUUCUCAAUCGCUACCAAUUGGGAUAGGAUGCAGGGGGAAACCUUACAGGCACUAGCCUGAUUCCCGCAUCGAUGCCAUCCUUCCCAACCUUCCACACGGCUUGGAUAACUGUUCAGAUUGUGAAAGACAUAGAUUAGAAGGGAGAAAAGAAAGAAAAUUAGCAAUGCU